AUGAUUGCUGCAGCUGAAGAUGCUAUGGCCAUCCAGCAGAAGACUCAGGUGAAGGGCCCUCCCAAGCUCAUUCAGCCAUGCAUGGUUGCCAGCAAAAAGAGCACCAAUCUGGCAAAUGUGGAUGCACAACCUGCAGUUAUAGCAGUUCAAUCAACUGCAGCUCCUGAAGAUGAUGGUCAGGCUAGUCAACCAGUAAAGAAGAAGCGUGCUGCCUUAAAGUUAAACUUUCGGGACAGCGUGAACGCCAAUCGCAAGGUGUCCAAUGGUGGAGUCACAAUCAUCACUGGUGACAGUGACACACGUGUUGGAAGUACAACAAUGGGCAAUGGGAAAAUCAAAACAUCCACCAAUCCCAAGCAGGUGAUAAGUUCCAACCUCGAAGGGCCCAUUCCCAACUGGGUGAACAAAGUUGCAUCACAAACUCAGCUGAAGCCAAGCAUGCCACCAAGUGCACUAACCUCUGUCAGGACAGGACAAAUUGCAGAGUCUGAUGUGGAUCUUGAUGAUGAACCUGAAGAGUACAGUGAGCCGGCACCAAAAUCAUAUAGGGGAAAGAACAUCGUGCAUGUAAACGAGACACUGAAAUCCACGUUGAGAGGCAAGAAGCGCUCACUCCCAAACACAGAGUCUUCUGCAGAUGAACUUGAGGUCCUAAACGCCGCAGAAGUACUUGAGGUCCUGGAGGACCCGGAGGCUGCUGAAGAAUUUGAGAUGAUGGUUGAGGACAGGGAGUCUGCUGAAGAGGGCGAUGAGAGUGAUACAGCAAUGAUGGUGGAUCGUGAUCAACCCACCAUCAACACUCAGGCUAGUGUGGCACGACGCACAAGCUCUAUGUUAGUUGAUGUCUCAGAACAGAAGACCACAACAAAACAGGGCGAGGCCAAGACUGAGGUCAAGGCCAAGGUCAAGACCAAGGUUGUAGCCUCAGAAAAUAUUCGUGCAAAGAUCAAGAAAGGAAAGGUGAGAAAUGAGCACUUACCCAGCGGAGUCCUCGAGAAUGGAUUAUGGUGUAUGAGGUUCCUUCCUUGUCUGAUGUAUUGGAUCGGUAACAGCGACUAUGGGUGGACCGUACCAGAAACCGAACUCAAGUCUGUUCUUGAGCAAAUAUAUUACACGGUGUACCCACACAAACUCAGAGGGUGCAAUUUUAAUGUCGAGGAAUUGGCAUUUCAACUGGUCAGCCAAAGGGUCCACAAGUGGCGGGCUUCAUUCGGUUCAACAGCCAACAGUGUUUUGAUAGCUUUUUUCGCUUCAACACCUGAGUAUAAGACUCAGGAAGCCCGUGAGGAAUACACUGAGGAACAACUUGAAGAAUGCCGCUUUGUAUAUGAAGAUCCUGAGAAUGAAGAGCAACUGGGUGCGUUCUUGUCAGAGUACAUAUUGCGCAUUUUUGCUUCCCACCUCACUGUGAUCGCCGGGCAAGUGAGGGUGGAUUUGUUGGUUGAAUUUGGCAAGCCUGGGUAUCAGACUGUGCUGGCGCUGUCAGCAGUGGCAGCCGAGCGCACUCUCGUCUUGGUUAAAAAUUGCUUACUGGUUGAUAGCAAUCCCUCCAACAACAGCAGCAAAAACCACAAGAUUAUCCAGACACUUAACAAGGCGACUAAUAAGAUGAGUCAUACCGGAACAUCAUUUUCAUCUGGAAAUUGGGAGACGGACACCAUGGUGUACAUGGAUAGUAUCAAGGAUCUGCCUUACAAACGUAUCCAGGAGAUUCUCGCUCAGGCAGAAGAAUACAUGAAGCACCCAUCGCUUCAAUCACUCCAGUCAACAAACGCUCCCGCCUUCAUAUCUGAGGAUGCAUCGUUUUUUGAGUAA